CAAAAACCGGAUGUACGUACAACCCACUGCGCGGUGUCAUUUGUUUGUUAUUUUCUUGAAAAUGUCGAGAGCGAAGCUGCUAAUUCUCUGUAUUCGCUAAUAACAUUGAUAAAAUUGUGUUUUUAGAUACCGACACAUCUUUGAUAUAGAAAAAUAAACGAAUCGCCUCAGUAGCCUGCUAACAAAACGUCGCCUAAAAAUGUACGUCACCGUGUGUCGUAGCUAAGUAACCGGGCCCAGCGUCACUCAGUCUAUAAUGUUAGUGCUUUUGUUAACAACACAGGCUAGUAGAUAUAUUUUCGAUUAUUCGAAGCUCGGCUCAUGGAGCAAAAUGAUCUUCAACGUCUUCACAAUUCUUCAUAAACAAAAUGCCUAAGAUGGUGCCACAUUUCCUAUUUUUGCUGUUUUCGUUGACUGAUGCACAAACUGUUGUUUUCCAGCCAUCCUAUAUCAUUGCUACUGGACCAAGAAUUACUGCGCUUUUACUUGGAAACACAAAAGACAUCACUUUGAAUGUGCGCACUGUGUUACCGUCAGAUGUAACAGGAAACCUUGACCCUCCAUCAUGUAAAGCUGGGGAAACACAGUGGAUUCUCACAAGCGAACUGGUUGGACAGAAUGCACUUCGGGUUCAUCUGAGACUAAACAGAACUCUGCAAUUGUGUGGUGAAAAUAAAACAGAUUGUUGUCCAAAGACACUGUGUGUUCUGGAGACCCUGCAGGUAUCUGCCUGUGCAGGUGACACAUCUCAGGCGUCAUUGCUGAUCCAGGCCAAGAUUUAUGCUCUUUUGCUUCCUGAUAAUCCUGGAUCUGACAAUAAAACUGUCAUCCCAAACCAAGUGUACGAGCCUCUGGGCUCCUGUCCCUGUGACUUCACUGAUAGAACAUGUGAUAUCCGCUGUUGCUGUGACAAGGACUGUUCGACUGAGGAGUUGAAGCUCUUUGAGUCUCACUGCCUCCCAGGACCAUUCGGUGGACAGAUCUCUCAAGUGCCAGACUAUCAAUGCUCUGCACAGAAAGAAGACUCUCCAGAUUGGUUUCCAUUUUUAUGUGUCUUGUCCCCACCCGAAAACAACCCUUAUCUCGGGCUCUUCUACCAUGGAGAGGAAAUAUCAACAAAGCCUCGCCCAUCCUUCAAAAAGCCUAUUUUGUCAGCACCGAUACAAGUUGAUAUCUACCGCCAAGGAAGUCCCAUUUUCACUCUGAACAAUCAGUUGUUCACUAUUCCCCAGAUGGCCCUUGGACAUUGUGUUCACAAUGCUCCGGUUGCAUUUUUGGAGAAUUUUAGCUUCAAAUGUGUAACCAUGCUGCGGUCUUGUCCAACUGGUUACCCUUUACAAACACCUCUAUCAGAUUUACGUAUUCAAGUGAACAAUGGGCAAGGGGAUGAAGUCACAGUGGUAGUGAUUGAUAAGUUGGUCGAGGAUUUGACUGGAUUCAUGUCAACUGGCGAAUCAGUUAUUACAUCAGUUAUGGUCCAGGAGUGUCAAAAUGUGAACCUGGCUUUGGAUUACAAAUUCUUCUGGAAAGGAAAUAGCAUCACAAAUAUAACACUGACUCGCUCUAUAGGGACAAUCAGUGUGAAUGGCAACGUGACGUUAACUACAAGGUAUUCUGCUGUGUUCCUGUCUGGAGAAUUUAUGGGCGAGUCAAACUCUGGCAACCCAGGUUAUCAGGUGGGAAGACCCAUCAUUGCAGGAAUUGAGGACACACAAAGUGGUACUUUCUCUGUGCAGAGGACAUCCUUGAAUCUUUGGAAACCAGUGAAUGAGGGGCUGUGUUUGACCGCUGAGAAACAACCAGUCCUAUUUGCUGAGAAUUCAACAUCAGGAUGCCUAUUGACUGUCACCAGUGACGACAUGAGCCAGUGUGAUAUCCUCAGAAACAAGGUUUAUUCCCUCCAAGAAAACUUGAUUCCAGCCAUGUACGUUGCAAAGAUUGGGAACCCAAAUUCUCAAACCAAAACAGACUGGCUCAACAUAGACUUUAUGAACACAAGCAAAACAUCUGAAGAUGGACACGGCUCAUGCGGCGAGAUACCAUCUCAUAUUCAUAUACACAUUUGGAGUUUUGUCACAGGAAUGAUUGAUGGAAAUGCCCAAAGGAAUAUCCAAUCUAUACAAGUUCGCUCUACUCUGUCCACCUGGACAUUUGAGUUUGGAGGAGGGGAUAUCAGAGAGACGCAGUUGUUUCCUGUCACCUCUUCAGUUACCUUUAUUGACAUUCCUAUCAAUACUGGACCUCCAAAAACCAGAUUCCAGAUCAACUUUACAGAGUAUGAUUGCAACAGGAAUGAUGUAUGUUGGCCUCAGCUCGUCUUUCCCGUUACCAAGUAUUACACCGGUGAGCCACAUUCUCAGUCAUUGGCUAAAGGCCUUAUCUUGGUAUUCCUCCUCAUCACUGCAUCACUUCUUGGGACUCCCUGGAUGCAAAUCCGGCAGGCUUGGAAUAGUUCCUCUCUGUAACCGAGGAUUCUUUGCACUCCCGUAGGAAAAUUACAUAGUACUGUAAAUAUUUACUGUAUGUAUUUAUGAAGAAGAACAAACUUUAAUAUUUCACUGUUCCCUGAGAGUAGCUUUACUUUUUGCAUGUAGUAUACAAAAUGCUACAGUAUGUACACACAGGCUUGCACAAAUAAGUCAUACACCACUCCACAUGAGGUAAAUCUCACUCACAAGCAGUCCCAGUUGCCACUGCUGGUUCAUGUACUGUAUAUAUUGUGUAUAAUGGUUGGUGCACCAUUUUGUAAUAAAAUAACAGUUUGUCAAGAUUAUACAUUUUUUAGGCUCCAUCCUUUGAUAUAGGGUGCAAGUACUCACCAAUAUAGUGCAGUGAGCGAGUGCCUUCCUGAUAGCUAAUGUCAAAACCACUGGUGUUUUAUCUUAUAACUAACAUACAGCACGAGACCUGAUAGAGUUGCUAAAAUGCUGUAAAUUAUGCCACCUGACUUAGGGCAAGAAGCAGGGUAACCUGAACUGGUUGCCCAUCAAUCACUAUGAAUCACAUCUAUCAAUCUCGAACCUGGAUCUCCUGACUGAAUGCAUAUGUGCUAACUACCUUACUGCCAGAAUCUUACAAUCUUUGUGGCAUAUUGUGCUGUGAAAGUAAAGGACUUAUUCACACACUGAUGAUGAAGAAUCAUAAGUGUAGGAGCCAUUUCUACUUUGUUUUGGUCUGAGUUUGUUUUAUUUUGGAUUUAUUUUGGUGCUGGUGUUUGUUUAUGCUUGGUGAAUUAUAUUUAAUUUGAUCACUGGUGUCGUUAUUGAGGAACCCUAUGUAAGGGCGGAGGUGACGCCAUGGGCAGAGUGAGGCAAGGUCACACGGUUUUUAGUUUUUGUAGUGAUUAUCAAGUCCUACCACUUUUCUGUGUGUUGUUGAUCCAGGCCAUAACACGUUCCAAUGAAACAACAUCCAAACAGAUGGUUAAUGAGUGGUAUGAAUGGUGUGACUUCCUGUCACCCUGUCAUGCCCUGUCACUAAUAUAAUUCACCAAAUAAAGACCAGCACCAAAAUAAACCCAAAACAAACUAAAUAACCUAGACAUAGACAAAGCAUAAAUGGCUCCUAUAAUAUGUUCAGCAUCUUUUUCAAGGGUCCUCUGUCAGGACUGAGGGCAAGUUAGGGUUCAAUAAUAUUGCAAUAAUAUUGUCAUGAUCUGUGUGCUGCUUUGCUGCCCUCUAUCUGCCAUUUGUUGCAGAACACCUCUGAGCCACGAGGAGGAGCUAAUUGGCUACACCUGUGCCUCAUUAGAGUGGCUUCUUAAACUAUGUGCAGACUACACUCCAGUGCCAGAUUGUUACCUGAUGCACCACAGAGACCUGCUCCUUCCAGCAACUCCUGUAUCUCAGUGUAUUCGGCUUUCUGGUAAUUUCCUAGUCUGUCUUUUGUAAGUAGCUUGUUCCCUGCUUGGCUACCUCCAGCAGUGGUCUUUUUGAGUUCUGUUGUACUUUCUGCUAGUGUUGGUAGCAGCUCUUUUAGUUAAUACUUUUGUGCUUGUUUCCUGCUCUGUUACCGUGCUUGGCAGUGUUUUCUGUUCUUGUUAUUUCUUUCCCAGUGACUAGGUCCAGGUGUAUUUAAGUUGUUACU